CGCCGCGUCUCUCUGUCCUACACAAUAUCGUGCCGAGAGAACGGUGUUCACGUAUUGCCGCUUACUGUGAAGUGUCUGUGCAGUGGAUCACUAUGUGUGUAUGACACGUGUCAACUACGUAUAACACGUGCAUAAAUCAAGUACAUGUUCGCUAGAAAGUAGUUUGGGUUCGCCGCGAUUUAGCUUCCGUGAAGGCGUAAAUAACACCGUUUUAGUUGGUUAACCGAGCAGUAUAACGUUGUUUCGUGAAGGAAAUAGAGCUACCUAAAAACGCUACAUCAACGUUUUGAAUGUGUUAUGAACAAAUACGUUCUACACGGAUAAUGGACUUUAUACUUUGAGUUGUGAGGUAUGCGUCGGCUAAGCUCGAGUGGCCGGGCGCCCCUCCCCGCCCCGCUCACCUGAUCGCCCCCCGCCAGAGGCAGCAUGGCGCUCCACGUGGUCCUCAUCCUCAUAGCAUGUCUUGUCCACUGUGACACCAAGACCGUUCUGCAGGAUAAACUAGCUGGUGUUCGCACAGUGGACGUGCAGGCUGUCGAGGGUAUGGUAGCGCAGUUCCCCUGCGACCUGGGCACCGCCGCUAACGAUAAGGUCUACAUGGUGUUCUGGUUCAGGGAUGAUGCCGGUAUACCGCUUUACAGCUUCGACGUCCGCGGUAAACACCUCUCCGAAGCGCGCCACUGGUCCGCCCCUGAGGUGUUUGGUCCGCGAGCACACUUCGCCACCUCCCCCCCUCCCGCCGCACUCCUGGUCCGCGACGUGAAGCGUCGUGAUGAAGGCGUCUACCGUUGCAGGGUCGACUUCAGAAACACCCAGACCACCAGCUUCAGAUAUAACCUCACUGUUGUUGUGCCUCCUGAAAAGCCAGUGGUGGUGGACCGAUAUGGCCGAGUUAUCAACACCACGACCCUCGGCCCUCACGAAGAAGGGGAGGACGUGCUCCUCACAUGCCGAGUUCUCGGUGGCCGACCGGAGCCAUCAGUCCGCUGGCUGGUGAACGGCGUACUGGUGGAUGAAGAAUACGAGCAUAACACCGGAGAUGUCAUAGAGAACCGGCUGCUGUGGCCAGCCAUACGGCGGGCGGACUACGCAGCCGUAUUCACGUGUCAGGCCACCAACUCCCGCCUCGUCCCGCCCAGGGAACUCUCACUUGUUCUGGACAUGUUCUUGAGGCCACUCACAGUGGAGAUCAAAAAGCCAACUGAGAUGGGCGAAGGUGGUGUGUUAACCGCUGAACGCAGGUACGAGGUAGCCUGCCAGUCAGCCGGUAGCCGACCUCCUGCAGUCAUCACCUGGCACAAGGGGAAGCGACAACUGAAGAGGAUAACAGAGGAACUACGAGACAAUCUGACGGUGAGCGUGAUGAGCUUCGUGCCCACGCUGGACGACGACGGAAAGCCGAUCACCUGCAGAGCGGAGAACCCCAACGUGACCACACUGUUUAUGGAAACGUCGUGGACAAUUAGUGUAGUUUAUCCACCGGUAGUGAAGCUGCGGUUAGGCAGCUCACUGGCGGCGGGAGAUAUCAAGGAGGGUGACGAUGUUUACUUCGAGUGCCACGUGCGAGCCAACCCGCCCGCCAGGAAGCUCUCGUGGCUUCACGAU